CACUAAUUUUCAAGCCGGGUCCAGUAAAAAUCAGAUAAGGAUGUGGCUACCAAUAAUCUUGGUGUUGACAAUGGCCGUCUCUACUUCACAACGUAGCAUAAGAAUCGACGAGAAUGGCAUGAAAGUGGAGACAUUGUUGUCUCCUAGGUUCGAGCUGGAACCAGGAGAGGUUUGCGACAAAUUCUUUUACCGCGUAGACUUUCCCAAAGGCCACAUCGCGGUGAAAAAAUUCGACGCAGAAAUAGUCGACGAUGAAGGGAACUCAAUCCCCCUUACUGAAACCUAUAUGCACCACUGGAUUUUCGCGAGAAUAAUGAUUCCCAAAGGCGUCGAGCCUCGAAGGGAGACAGUAAAAAUUGUGGGAAACUCAGGGGUUUGCGCUCAACUCCCCCAACAUUUCGGGCUCGGAUCCGAGACAAGAAAAACCGACACACAUGUUCCGGAUCCUUAUGGGAUCGAAGUGGGUAGACCCGCGCCUGAGGGGUACGAGGAAGGGUGGCUGCUUAAUUUACACGCGAUUGAUACCCGCGGCGCAGUGGAUAAAAUGGGGUGCACCGAGUGCCGGUGUGAACUAUAUAAUAAAACUAAAGAAGAGGUCGGGGAUUAUCCUGGAGGGAUUAUUUGUUGCUUUGAUGGGAUGAGAUGUAGGGUGAAACCAGGGUUUGAUGGUGGAAAGAGAGGGCUUCACUUGAAAUAUACUGUGACUUAUGUUGAUUGGAACCCCUCUAUUGUGCCUGUCGAGAUUUAUAUAUUUGAUGUGGCUGAUACUUUGACAUGGUCUGAUGAAAUCCCCGGAAGACACGCUUGCAGGAUGGAGUACCAAGUUGAUAAUGCAUGUUCUGCUGCUACGCCUACUAAUGAAUGUGUUCAUUCCAAAAGGUUAACCGUAAGUUUGCCAAAAGGUGGGGAUCUCAUCUAUGGUGUUGCUCACCAACACUCUGGAGCGCUUGGCUCUACCCUUUUUGGAGAGGAUGGACGAGUUCUGUGCAACUCACUUCCAAUAUAUGGAAACGGAACGGAACCAGGAAAUGAAGACGGUUACCUUGUUGGAAUGUCAACUUGUUACCCUCAACCUGGCUCAGUCAAGAUUGCUCCAAAUGAGAAGCUAACUAUUAUAUCAAAUUAUAGCAAUGUCCACAUGCAUUCAGGGGUCAUGGGCUACUUUUACAUUUUAGUUGCUGAGCCAUUGCCAGAAUCAAACCCCAUUUUUCAUUCCCACCACCUCCCUGGGAGAUCUGGUAAAGGCCGGUUUUCAAGCUUGGAAUGAAGCCAUGAUCUGAUUUUAUGUGUUCCUCAACUUCGAUCUGGUAUCCAUGUGAAUUGAAUUGAAGAAGAUCCAUAUAUAUAUAUAUAUAUAUAUAUAUGAUGCUGUGUCUUGUGGACUCUAUACUUCUUUAAUAAAGUAUGUAUCGUAGUUAUAUUAUAAUAAAGUAUGUAUGGUACCUUGAGUCAAA